UACUGUAUCCAUCAUUUUAUCAAUCAAUUUUAUGUCAAAGAGAAUAUCAUUGGCUGCAAUAGAUUUGUUUUUAGAGAAAUUAUAAAUACUACCUAGAAUUGUUUAUUUCUGUUCCAGGUUCCAUGGUUUCUUAAACAUGGCGCAUUUCGCUUUAUUGUGGAAGGCGAGAAUCGUAGAAAAAUACCGCGUCAAAUAUGAAAAUGAGAAAAUCAAUUCAAUUGCCAUGGCGGAUAUUGAACUACCCAAAAAAAAUGUGCUGCAAAAAUGGCGACAUUACCGUUUCGAUACACAAAAACGAAUUUCGAAAACAUUUCGUCAACUUUACCCAGAAGGGUCCAGCCUAUCGAAUUUCAUAAUAUAUUUGAGAACCAAGCAGACUUUUACUAACAUUCUGGUGAAAGCAAUAUUCGGAUUCAUUGGAGGAUAUGUCUUAUCAUACCUAUGCUUCAUAUUUUUUGUGUACCAGCUAUCAAUUUCUGUGGUAUACGCCACAGUUCUGAGUUUUAUAAUCGGGAUACUUUUGACUUUGGGACUAGCUUUUAGCUACAGAAUAAGGUGCCUAAUAUUUUUACUAGUACCACAAUUUUUCUCUCGAUUUGGUCGGUAUACCCUGACUUGCUAUGCGUUAAUUUUAAUUUUAACUGGUCCUGCAACGAACACUUUGAAAAACUCUGAAGUACUUUCAGAAUCGAUGGCUUGCAGUCAGGAACAAAUAAAAACAAGCCUAAACAAUCUGAACGAAUCGGUAAAAAAACCUCAUAAUUUCCUGAAGGAUUCUGUAAAACAAAUCAUGGAGAAGACUAAGAAAAUUUCACUUGAGUUAAAGCAAAUAAUGAUAAAGAUUAACAGGCUGAUCCUGAGCGUCGUGAGCGCAAUACAAAUGAAUUUUGAAUGGUUGAAAUCCAUAGCGGUAAACUGCAACAAAAAACUGGGAACCCCUCACGAGUUCUGCACUCAAGUACUAAAGAAUAGCAUAGCAUAUUGCGAAGAAGUCUUUGGUGCUGUGUCUAAAUUGUGCGAUAAAACUAAUCUGGCACGCGAGGCCUGCGCUGAUACAAAGGCCUUCGAGGCUUUCUGCGGAGUUUCCGAAUUUGUUGACGAUUGCUUUCUCGCCACCGUUCGGAGAAGACUAAAAGAUUUCUCUGACCGAAUCGAAGCGAUGAUGCACGUAGAAGUGAGAACACAUCAUUCUUACUCAUUUAGUGCCGACACCAGCGGCUCUACUAGUCAAGUGGCAGCGGGUAUAGUUACAGAGAUCAGGAACCGGGCUGAUCCGCUACUUACUUGGUUGUCUUGGAGCUCUUGUGUGACAAGUUUGUUCCUGCUGCUUAUUAUAUUUAGGGCGAAAUAUUAUCAGCACAUGUACGAAACAAGAUCUCGGUUUGACAAUCGUUAUGUAUCCAAAGAACUCCGCGAUUUAGACUUGAAAAGGCUAAGAGAGGGUAGAGAAACAAUAUUACCGCUAAAUAGAAGAGAAAAAGCCAAAUACAUCAAUAUAACAUCGUUUCGAUUACUAACGUCGGAAAGAACGUAUUGGAGUCGUUCUGUCGUAUUCAUGACAAUAACAACGUUCAAGUUAUUGAUCCAUAUGGUGGCAGAUUACAGCUUAUACUGGGUUCUCAUGACUAUUAAAUAUCAUGGAAGUUUGCAGACGCCAUUGCCUGCGGAAUUGCCAAGACCUUACUUUGAUGUAUCAGAUGCUGGACUUGUUGGAAGAUUUCUUAAAUCCACACUUAGUAUUCUUGAAAUACCACUAUUCAAUACUGAUUCUUCAGCGUCUUGUCUUCCAAAUCCUAAACCACCUGAUUUUCGACGAUAUACGCAAAUUGGUGUGCUUAUAUUUCUAUUAUGGUUCUUUGCUUUAUUCGAGCCAUAUGGACUUCGACUGCGUCAUGUUAUAAUGAGCCAUUAUCGACCAGAGAGAGCUCGAGAAAGAGCUGUGUGGCUUUAUAAUCACAUAUUACGGACACGUGGUAGUUUUAUGAAAUUUGCACGAAGAAAACUCCAUAGAGAAUAUAAAUAUAGAGCGCAAACUAAAUUAACAUUUCGAAUGUGGUUUACUUCUCUCAUGCCAUUUAAUUGCCUCCGUUCUCUCCUCGAUAAAAGAUUUGAAGAGAAAUGUUUACUAUGUGGUACAACACAAUUAAAAACAGAUCCUGACACACAAAUGAUAAGAUGUGAAUGUAAGGACUGCCCUGGCACAUAUUGCUGUUCGUGUUUUGCCGAGAUUGGCCAACUUUGCACCAUUUGUUUAUCACCAGAAGACUACGGGGAUUUAAGUGACGUCAGUUUGGAAAGAGGUUCAUCUGGAGAAAGCAGUGACAGUGAAGACGAAAAUGACGAUAAUGGACAUUCAAGAAUCAAUACCGAGAGGAAUAAAUCUCCUGGCAGACUUUACAACGAAAACAAUAAUAUAACAAAGUAUCUAAAAACAACAAACCAGAAGAAUGUAGCUCCAAGAACUAAGCAACGUGAAGACGAAGUUUCACUCUUGCCUUACAAUAGGCACAGAAUUACGAGAUUUCGUAACAUUGAACAUAGCUACGAUAAUCCUCGCGCUAAAGAAUUUGAUGACCAUUUAUUUGCCGAAAUAACCUCGGAAAUAGAUAAUUAUUGUAUAAAUCAUAUUAUAUUUGAUCCAAUGUUAGAAGUGGAUGAAAUGAACAAAAUAUUUAAAAAUGAUAGGCACUAUUUUGACGUUUUAAACCAAAUAAAUAUUAAUUACAAGUCUUUCCCUUAUAAUAUUUAUGUUAAAGCAAAAUCUACAAAAUGUUUACUUAUAAAUAUAGUUAUGAUUAAUACAAAGACCACUGAUGAUUGUAUUGAUGUUAAGCAUCUAACGAAUACAUUGUGUUUCGAAAAUUGCAAGAAGAAUUCUAAGAGAGUGAAACGUAAGAAAGGAGAUAAAAAGAAGUCUGAGAAGAAACACAACAGAAAAUGUAGGGAGACAGACAAUCACAAUAAAUUAAAUACGGGAACAUUAUAUGGACACAUAAAGAAAUUAAAAAGUCUUAAAACAAUAUGCUCUACAUGCUGGAGUAAUGUGAAAUUACAGGUUAAGUCUGCUAGUACAUUGCGAAAUGUUAAUAAUAACAAUGAUAUUAGCAAAGAAAAGAAAAAUUUUAAACGACGCAAAAAAUUAAUUAGAUUUUUCCGGGCCAACCAAAACGAUGACUUAGACCAAAAAGAUAAAGAAGAAGCAAGAAAGUUUAGAAUAUCCGUUUACUUUUCCGAUCAAGAGUGGUUUAAAAGAAAGUAUGAAAUUGAUUCUAAAGUCCCAGAAAGAAAAGUUAAUUUCAAAAAUACAGGCAAACCUUUAGUAGAUUUGUCAUUUGAAAGUCCAUUAGAUCUUAAAGAAGCUCCGCCAAAAAUCCAGAUCGCGAAGUGUACAAGUUCUGGAAUGUUGAAAAUUAAUGUUCCAAGAAAAGAGAACCCUGAUAAUAAUCAACUGAAAAUUCGCCGUAAAUCAAAAAUAGACAUCACAAAAAAGGCAUUGGAAAGGUUCCGUAAUAGAAUUUCACAGAAGUUCCAAAAAGGUCCAUCGACCAAGAAUGUAACACGAAAGUUAGUAAAGGCCGCAGAAGUCUCCCGUGAACGAAUUGGAAGAAUAAUUUUGCGUCAGAAUAAUUCAAGUACGACAAGACGAGUCAACUAUUUCCGCUCCAUUGUUAAUAAUGAUGUUGGCAGUAUAAAUGACAUCUUCGAAGAGACUGGAAGGAAAUUUUGUAUUAAAACAAAUCAGUCACUUAUCGAUCAAGAAAAUCCCGCUACGUAUUGUGAAGGUGAUGGAUCUUAUAAUGACGACUGCAACCUUCCGGGUAAUCCACCCUGUGACAGUAACACUUCAAGGAAAACUAGCGAAAUGGAUACCUUAAACAGUAAAAAGAAAAAAUGCGUUUGUGAUAAAUCAAAGAACGUGCCUCGUUUAAAGACUCCAUUGAAGUUAAUGAGAGACUUAUGCGCAUCACUUUUUGGAAGCUCAACUGAGGAAGAAACGUCCUGCAUAAUUAGGAAAGAAAACAAAGCCAACAAAGGAGUGAAUGUGCUGCCUAAAGUGAAAUCUUUCUCCUGCCAACAUACCCAAGUAAAAGUAAUUCAGGACCACACCACUCAAGCGGCAUGGGCUCCGCGCGAAAUUGUGCAAGAUGCCAUGAGUAAAGAGAAUGAAACGUGUACUUGCGCUACACAGCGUGUCAUUACCAGCAGAGAUGUCGGCACUUGGUUAGGGCAUCACUGCAAUGAAUUACAUCAUGCAGCUACAGAACAUAAAAGAAGGAUGCUACACGAAAAGUCAGAAGACUCGCAACAAGGACAUGUGCCUCAGGCAACGACAGAAGAUUAUGAUUUUCAUAAAGAAAGUUCAGGAUCAUUGAACGAUGUUAACGAUAGUUUCACAAACGAAAGCCUAACAUGUCUUAAAAGUGAAUCCUCUCUUGCAAGUAAUGGUUCCAAAACCGACACAACAAUAAUUAGCCUCGCGACACUCAAUUACAGAGAAGAGAGAAAAACGAAUAAAAGAAAGACUAAAACAAGAGUUGUAACAAAAACAAACCGAUCAACGUUGACUGAAAAAGCUAAGGUUUGUGACGUGAGCACGAUUACGAACGAUUGGUGGAGUCCUAUUGUUGAGAAAAAGAAAGCAGAAAAAGAAAUAUCUUUGGAGAAGAAGAAAGGAGAUUGUGUUAUGAGAGAAGUAAAAAAACGGUUAAGGAAUAGGGGAAUGACUACGGAUGGCAGAAUUGUUACGUUUAGAAGUCGGACACAGCUUAUACCUCCAGGAGCAAACGAUGUCAUGUCUCCGUCAAGAUAUCUCUUGGAAUCUCAAAAAUAUUACAACGAAUUAUUUUCGUCGAAGUAUUAUACGCCUCAUAUGUACGUCCUUACUCAAAGCCAGCAACGCCAGGAGAAUGAUAAAGAUCGUUUUUCCACUUCUGCUAAAUGCCAUAGACGAAGGGGGUAUAAAAGUAGGAGACAGGACGGAAAUUACUCAAAGAGAAGUGGCUCUAUUAGGAUUGCCGACUCACCGCGCAAGAAAUUACAAGACAACCCGUUCAAAGAAAAUAAAUUACACAGGCAUUUACCAAAAUUAGACCAUGGAAAAAUAAACAUGUAAAGUAUCGCAAAAUAAUAUAGAGAUUAACUCGCGCAUUUAAAAUUACUUUGGCCAUUGAAUAAAAAGGAGUACCUAAUAAGUAGUGCAGAAUAACUCACGCAUU